ACCUUAAAGUAUUUAGGUUGUCUAGAUGAUUUAUAUCGUAUUAGUCCUAUGUAGAUGAAGAUGACAGAUUGAGUGGUAACAGUGAUCUUAUUUGUCACUGAUGUAACUGUAACUUAUUUUCGACAGACGAAUUAAACACAUCCAUCAAUGAGCCAUCUCCAGGAAUUAAUAUUCGAUGAAUUACUGCGACCAGUGACUGGUUGUAUGCCAUUUGUUAGCUAUAUAUGAUUAUCAGUUUGGUGGCGAUUUUGAUGUUGCUAAGUGAUGAAACUUUAGAAGAAAAUGAAAUAGAGUGGUUCUUUCGAAAUGAAGGGAACAAACAGAAUAAUGACAAAUUUGAGACACAGUUCCUUGGAUGGAAAAUGGGAAGCGCUGUUGGAAUGGCUACAAAAACUAAAUUGAAAAAUAAAACACCUGAACCCAACGAACGAAGGCAAAUUGAUGCGACCGAUGUCUACUUUCCGUUCCAGUCAGUCAAGACCAUUCCAACAUGGAAAACGUUAAUCCUUGCUGAUUCCACCAUACAUUAUAUUCCUCUGGAAGAGAUGGUAACUGUCAGACCUUCUAAGAAGUCUUUCAUUCCUGAUGAUGCGCUCGAUCCGUUUUAUUUAGAUACGGAUACACAAGCUGAUAUAUUCAACCAAGAAUUUUUACACAACCAAUACGUUUAUAAAGUGCCUACUCCAGUUACCCAACAGCAAUUACUGCGUAAAUCCAAUUUAUAUGCUAAAAAUAAUGCUAAGCAUCCAAUGAUGUUUUGUCCUGUAGGACUAUCUUUUCAGAAGAAACUUAUGCCUUUUCUCGAUCCAUACGGAGCAAUCAUUCGUCAACCUUUAACUUAUCGGCCAAAAUCUAAGAUAGAACCUGGAUUGCUGCCAGAGCUUAGCCGACAUACGAUGUUCAUCCACCCUCGGCUGCUGGAUAUGAUGAAAGCCAUGGACCGCUCCAUUCUUUCCUUCCCGAGCAAGUUCGAGUAUAAAUCUUUUGAUCAGCUUCGAAAGAGUUCCAAACAGUUACUGCCAAACCGUUACAGUGACAAAAUCAUCGUAUAAUAUUUUCAAAUAAUAAAUGAUCUAUUGUGUGAAUUUAUA